UCUGCAUCCUCCAGGGCCGCUGGAGUUAGCGGGAAACCCCUGUGGUCUUAACACAUCAAGUGGAAACUGGAUUUAGCUGCUGUCUCUUAUAAGAGGUCUGUCAUUUACUUGGUCGAGCGUUACAUUCUUACAUUUUAAUUUCGAGCAUUGACAUAACGUCAACCCACGUCUUUCUAGCACCGCUGCCCUGACUGCUAUGCUAACAUCCGGCGCUAGUUAACAUUAGCUUGCAUGAUUGCUAGCUGAGACACUGUGCUUCAUGCGACAGGAAGAAAAACGCUGCUGAAUAGUAAGAGACAAAGGGCUACUGCUACCUGGCAAGAAAAAAGGCUGUCAAAAUGAGUCGGUUUAAUUUAGACCGUUUUCGUUUUGACAAGAAUGAACCGAAGAUUAACAAAGACGACGACAGCAGCCCCAAAAGUUCAGAAUCUGAAAAGGAGAACAAACCAGCUAAGAUGAAAUCUGUCAAAGCUCUUGCAAAGACCCACAACAGAGGAGUGGUUUUUGAGGAUGUCGAUACAAUAGAUCUGGAGGAUGAUGAACCUGUUUUCAAAACCAAAAACAGAGAACAACGAGCCAUUAAAUCCACGAGUCCAAGGAAGAAGUCUUCAAAAAUGGCAGCUCAUGAUGACACAGAUGAUGAAGACCAAGAUAUGGAGGAGAAAAUGAGCAAACUACUGGAGAUCUUUCCUCAGCUUUCAAGGACAGAGUUACUGGAUGUCAUAAGCAGCACAAGCACUCUGGAGGGGGCUAUAGCUGCAUGUAUUUUUCAGUAUGGGGACAAAGAAGAAGAAAAUAAAAGCAAGAAGAGAAAGCAGGAUGGGUCCAGCAGUUCUCAGGACAGCCAAGAGAUUCCUCCCAGCAAGAAGAGGAAAUCAUCAGUGGCUUUUGAAGAUGAAGAUGAUGCAGACAGAAAGCCAAGCUUUGAGAAGCAGGAAGCCAUGGUCCGAAGACUGCAGAAGAAGUUUCCUGAUCUUGACAAGGAGGAGCUGCGUAUGGUGUUACAGGAACAUGAUUGGAAUUAUGAGUAUGCUAUGCAGGCUCUACAAGUCUUCUCAGACCCAGAUAGUACCAGCUUCAGCUCCAACGAGGCAGAAGAAGAUGAUUCCAGAUUGAAUAGCAAAGAAAAGUCACACAGUGAUCACAGAGAGUCGAAGAAUCACAAAGACCGUGAAGAUGACAGUUCAGAUGAUACAGACGCUACAAAGGACAGCGAAAAUGAAUCUGAUGAUAGUGAAGGUCCUGCAAUCAGAAGUAAAACUUCCACUCUGUCUUCCUGGCUAUCAUUAAGUACCCCCCCAGUGUCCUCAUCAACCUCUUUUAACAAACAAACAACUACCUCUUCCUCAUUGAAGUCAUCAUCCUCCUCCACAACUCAGACACAGUCCAGGUUUGUCAGCGGGACCACGAUAGCCAAGAAGCAGGCAGCAGAGAGUAAAAGGAAAGCUCGGGCAUCAGACAAAUACGACAGCUCUGGAGGUGAAAGUGAUGAUGAUGAAGACGCUGUUAGCAGUGAGUUUGAGGACUCAGACGAGGAGCUGAACACUAAAGAUUCCGGCAUGACAGACAUAAAGAGAGAGAUACUUACGUUUUUCCAGGAUGCAACAAUAGAUGAAAUGUCACUUAUCGCUGGCUGCUCUGUUAAAAAGGCCCUGAAGAUUGUGGAGCUGAGACCCUAUGAUAGCUGGCAAAGCCUGGUUGAUGUUUUUCAUAAAGAAAACGGGCUGUCAGAGGACUUACUGGUGGGCUGCAGAGUUGUCCUCAGAGAAAGAAAGGUUGUCCUGGGGCUUAUGUCCAAAUGUGAGACCAUUUCUUCAAAAAUGACCCAGCAGGUCGCUUCAGUAGUGGAUGCAGGGACGGGGACCAUGAAACAGCCCGAUGUGCUUAACAGCCAGUUCCAGCUGAAACCCUAUCAGCUGAUUGGUUUAAAGUGGCUGCUGCUUCUGCAUGAGCACAAUUUGAGUGGAAUCCUUGCUGAUGAAAUGGGUUUGGGGAAAACCAUUCAGGCAAUAGCUUUUCUGUCUCAACUUUACCAGAAUGGAAUUGAAGGCCCUCACCUCAUCGUUGUGCCGGCUUCUACACUGGAUAACUGGGUCAGAGAGCUGAAGCUGUGGUGUCCAACCCUCAAGGUUUUAGUCUAUUAUGGAUCUGUGGAGGACCGCCGCUACCUCAGACACGACAUCCUCAAUGAUGCUUCUGGGCUCAAUGUUAUUGUGACCACGUAUAACUUGGCCAUAGGAAACGAUAGUGACCGUAGCCUUUUCCGUAAGCUAAGUCUGACAUAUGCAGUGUUUGAUGAGGGUCACAUGCUGAAGAACAUGAACACUCUGCGCUACCGCCACCUUAUGGCGAUCAAUGCAGAGCGCCGCUUGCUGCUGACAGGAACUCCUUUACAGAACAACCUCUUAGAGCUGAUGUCUCUGCUGAACUUUAUAAUGCCUUCAAUGUUUUCGAGCACCACCACACAGCUCUCUAAAAUGUUUUCUAUGAAAUCCCACGAGGAGCAGAGCCGCUUUGAGAGGGAUCGAAUUUCUCAGGCCAAACUCAUCAUGAAGCCUUUUAUCCUCAGAAGAGUCAAGAGUGAGGUGCUCAAACAGCUGCCAGCCAAAGAAGAGAAGGUGGAGUCCUGCUCAAUGAGUGAGAAACAGAAAGUCCUCUACCAGUCCCUCUUCCAGAGACUCAAAGGAUCCACUAAUGGCGAGAAGCGUGAGUUGUGUAAUGCCAUGAUGCAGCUGAGGAAGAUGGCCAAUCACCCUCUGCUUCACAGACAGUAUUACACCACAGAGAAGCUAAAAACCAUGAGCAAACUCAUGCUCAAGGAACCAACCCACUUUGAUGCAGUACCAGCUCUUAUUCAGGAAGACAUGGAAGUGAUGUCAGACUUUGAGCUACAUAAUCUGUGCCUGCAAUACUCGUCCAUCAGCUCCUACAAGCUUGAAAAUGAUCUCCUGCUCGACUCUGGGAAAUUCCACCACCUCACAGAGUUGUUGGCCAAACUGAAAAAUAAGGGAGACCGAGUGGUAUUAUUCAGUCAGUUCACCAUGAUGCUGGACAUCGUUGAAGUGCUGCUGAAACAUCUUCAGCAUCGAUAUGUUAGACUGGAUGGAUCCACGCCGAUAGCUGACAGAAUCAUGCUGAUUGAUGAAUUCAACACAGAUCCAGACAUCUUUAUCUUCCUGCUGUCCACACGUGCUGGUGGCCUGGGCAUCAACCUCACCUCAGCAAAUGUUGUCAUCCUGCAUGACAUAGACUGCAAUCCAUACAACGACAAACAGGCAGAGGACAGAUGUCACCGUGUGGGCCAGACAAGGACUGUCAAGGUGAUAAGGCUGAUCAGUAAAGACAGCAUAGAGGACUGCAUACUGCAGCUGGGUCAGAAGAAACUUAAGCUGGAGCAGGACAUGACCGCUGCUGAAGAAAGUGGUGAGGGGACCAUACCUGAAGACAUGGCGUCUUUGCUCAAGGCCUCACUGGGACUGUGAUUUCCAAACUUGAGACUGCACAAACACAUUUGUUUGCAUUCCUGUGAGCAGUCUUGAGCGUUGUAACUGAACGCGAACGUGUGUCAAUACAAAAAAACUACUGAGAACCAUAUGCUGCCAUGCAAAGAUGUGUGGAUAUAAUAUCUGUCCACUGUUGGACAUGGCAGCUGUGCCUAAAAACGUUCCACAGGUAGAUUUUUUCUCUCCUACGAGGAGACCAUCAUACCAGGACAGAACAAACAUUUGCCUUUCAGUUGUCAUGUACUGUGAUUUAUUCAAGGCUCUGAGGUUUAGAAAUCUGAAGGUGUGGAGGUCAAAGUUAGACCAAACUGCACUUAUUGAAGUGCAUUAUUUCAAUUCUCUGACCAAACAAAACAAUCGAUAGAGUCAGCAACUCUAUGUUGUCUAUAAUUUCCAUAUUCAGGAAAAGUUACAAUACGCUUGUAAGGAAAUUGAUGCCUACUAGCGGUCUAAUGGGUAAGAUUUUCCAAAUUAUACAAAGAAAAUUGAGUUAACAUCCCCAAAGACUCAAAGCACAUAGAAUUAAAGUUUUUAGCAAUCCUUAAUACCAGGGUUGCACCUUUACUUUCUAACAAGCAGCUCUUCUUGAAAAAACAAACUUCUGCCUUGAAAAGUCUUGCUGCUGUGAUGCAAAUUUAGAAGGUAGGCCAACUGCACUUCAGGUGUUCCUAUUUUCCAUUAUUUCUUCUGCUACCUUACACAGAUGUGACUGUUGUGCUGCAUCUGAAAGUAAGCCAAGUAUCUUUAAAUGUUAUGUAUCAUUUCAACCUGCUUUGUUUUUGUCAUUUUUUUGUAAUAGGUAGUUUUACCAUUUUUCCAUAGAAGAGACAUGGUAUUUUGGAUGGAGUUAGAACUUAAAUAUUCCAAAUUUUCUAGUGUACAAAAAAGAAACACGGAAACAAGAAUGAGAUAGAAUGUACACUCAUUGACGACUUUAUUUGCUACACCUGUUUAACUGCUAAUGAAAUAUCUAAUAAGCUAAUAACAAGGCAGCAACCAAUUCAUUUAGGGAUGUAAACAUGGUGAAGAUGAUCUGCUGGUACCAGACAGACUGGUCUGAUUAUUCCACUAACAGCUGAUCUGCUGGGGUUUUCACUCACAACCAUUUCUAGAGUUAACAGAGAAUGAUUUGGAAAAGACGAAAUAUCCAGUGAGCUGCAGUUCUAUGGGCCAAAUACCUUUAGUUGAUGUCAGAGGAGAGAAUGACCAGACUAGUUCAAGCUGUUAGAAAAGACUGAAUUUACAACACUGAAGCAGAUGGGCUGCAGCAGCAAAAGACCACACCAAGUGCCACUCCUGCAAACUAGGAACAGAAAACUGAGGCUGCCUUUUGGAUGACUUGCCAAAGUUGGACAAUAAAGAAAAUAUUGCCUUGUCUGAUGAGUGUUGAUUUCUGCUCUUACAUUCACUUGUCAGGGUAAAAAUAAAUUAGUAGAAAUAUUGAUCAAACAUUUAGAUUUACCCAAUUUCACUGUAAAAUGUGGUAAAAUAAAAGGUACUGAUGCAUUUCCAAUAAGGACUACAGGACUUUUGUCACCAUGUUUGUUUUUUUGAUACCUAGUUACAACCCACUGAAAACUUCGCCGUGACCCACUUUUGGGUCCUAACCCACCAGAUGAGAACCACUACCUUAAAUCACCUUUCUACCCCAUCCUGAUGCUUGGUUCGGCAGAUCCUUUUGACUGUGUCUACAUGCCUGAAUGCAUUGGUUGUUGCUAUGUGCUAAAUAAGCAGCUGAACAGGUAUACAGAAUAUUUUGAUUUUACUCCUUUAACCUGCCAGUCUGCAGAAAAUAUGAUUUGAUGAAGCAGCUGCUGCAUUCAUGUACUGUAUAAGUAGCUCCUGUGAUGUCAGUGUUAAACUGUUACUGUGUAAGGUUUAUGAAGACAUUUGUAUGUUUUUAAGGUUCCUGUCUUAUGAAAUAAUAAAGGUUGUAAUAAAACUUUGUGGUUUUGUCUACAGAGACCUUCUCAUCAAGAAAAUAGGGAUAACUUUGAUCAUGAAAUCCUUGUGCUCUGCCAAACCGCAUGAAAGU